ACCAUUUCGAUGGUUAAGGAGGACGGUCAGCAGAAGCUGCAUGAUAUAUCAGUGGUCGCCGAGUACGAGGAUGUUUUUGAGCCUUUAAAAGGGCCACCACCAGCUAGAGCGGACGUUCUUACAAUAGAAGUAGAGCCAGGAGCAGCACCAAUUUCACGAGCUCCAUACCGUCUCGCACCAACUGAGAUGGCAGAGUUAAAGAAACAAUUGGAGGAGCUAUCUGAUAAGGGGUUUAUCAGGCCAAGCACGUCACCGUGGGGAGCACCAGUGUUGUUUGUGAAGAAGAAAGAUGGGAGUUUCAGACUUUGUAUAGAUUACAGAGGUUUGAACAAAGUGACCAUCAAGAAUAAGUACCCGCUCCCGCGUAUCGACGAGUUGUUGGACCAGUUGCAGGGAGCUUCAUGGUUCUCUAAGAUUGACUUGGCAUCGGGAUACCACCAGAUUGCGAUAGCUGAGGGAGAUGUGCGGAAGACGGCAUUCCGUACCCGUUAUGGACAUUACGAAUUUGUGGUGAUGCCAUUUGGGUUGACGAACGCACCAGCCGCGUUCAUGAAGCUUAUGAAUGAUGUAUUCCGUGAGCACUUAGAUAAGUGUGUGAUCGUUUUCAUAGAUGACAUUUUGGUUUAUUCUCAGAGUAGAGAGGAGCAUGCUGAACAUUUGCGAAUUGUGUUGGUCAAUGGACAGAGGGUUAAGCUCUACAUGGGAGCAACAACAGAGGAUGAGAGAACCUCAGUUCCUCUCUCCGAUCCCAUUCUCGCCUAG